AUGGGCAGUCUGUACAGCAAGGCGACGACGUCCGCAGUCGACCACAGUGGCGACCAUGCCCAGGCCGAUCAUUCGUGCUGGCACGACUCGAACGACUCGCCUGCCGUUGCAGACCAAGGACGAGAGGCCGAUGCCGCAUCGGUGCCGUAUGUGCCACCGUCCGAGCUCUGUGCGUACACGAACUUUACGCUGUCGCAGCACUGGAUGGGCCGCACGCGGGGCUCGAUCCACCCGGAUUACCGCGCGGCCUUCGACACCAUUGCGCUCGUGCCUGAGAUUCUCGAGCGGUCCGGCAGCCUUGUCGCGAUGCAGCGCCUCGACGCGCGCUUGGUGGCGGCGCCGAUUCCACCCAACACACACACAGCCGUCGUGUGGGCGUUCACUGCGCGCUGCAACCUCCCGAGACACGUCGCUCUGAGUUUAUGGAGCCUCGUGCAAUUCGCGGCCCGGUACGGCUGGAGCAAGUACGUGGUCGCGGCGCUGCGCGACUUGACCGACCGCUGUGCAACCGACGAGACGAUCGCCAUCACAAUGUACGAAGUCACCGAAUUCAUGAAAAUGUGCGACGUGGCCAAAAUGGAGGCGUUCGCAAAGGUCCUCGACCUCGUUGCCGCCGACGACGACGCCGUGGCACAUAGCGACGCUGUCGUGGCAGCCAUCCUGCGCCUCCGAGCGCCCUUGCUCAAGGCGAUGCGCACUUGGCGGGACCGUGUGUUCGAGACCGUCUUUCUCAAGCCCGCCGACUUCGUGCUCCGAGCCAACGGCGGCAGUGACCACCGCCAGCGCGCCGACGACCUCCGCGUCCACGGGUCCAACAUGUACCGUGCGCUUUUGUUGAGCACGCUCGGUAUCAAUGCGUGGGACGCACCCGACAUGGACGACCCCUCGCAUUUUGCCGUGGAUUUCCUUUCCUACCUCUCGCCGUCAGCAUCACCGCUCGCCACGUGGUGGGAUCCGACCAUACCAGCGCGGCGGGCACCAGCCACGACGCGGAUCACGUCGCAUGUCGACUUGGGCGCAGCGUUCAUUGUGCAGGGCGAUCGCCCAGAUGGCCAUGUUGCCAAUCAUCUCAUUGGACCAAGCAGCUCGCCCGCCGAGCGCCGCCGCGCCGCCGCGUACGUCAGCGCGUACGCUGCCUUUUCAGCCGGGACUGCGCAAUCGGCGGAGGACCGGCGCCUCGUGCUGACAGCGCUGCGUCACCGAGGCGUCGCCACGGACGCCGACGACGCAUGGACCACACUUGUGUACGACGACGACUACGCCUUGCGCCGGGACAAGGUCCUCGCCCUCUUCCAGUUUCUCGGCGUCUACAAGUGCCCUACUGCCGGCAAAUGUGCGCCCAUGGCCGGCGUCGCGCUCACGAGUGCCUACAAGCCAUAG